AUCCAUUUUCCAAACAGAGGUCUUUAAUGUCAACUCCAAAAAAAAUAAAUAAAAAAGAAACAGGUGUAACAAUGGAAACGAUUCAAACGGAGAAGAAGAUGGCGAAGUCAGUGGUGUGUUUGAUUUUGAUGUUUUCUAUUUUCUCUAUCACCGCGUCAAUCGAAGACAAAUGUGGAGCUUGCAACGCCGUCGCGGAGGAGCUAGAGCUUGGUCUUUCGAAGGAAAAACCGAGGAAUCAUUUGGAUAUGAGACAUCGUUUGGACUCAAAAGGUCAGCGUGUAGGAAAGGUAAUUGAUUACAGAGUCAGUGAGCUUAGAGUUGUUGAACUCUUGGAGGGGCUUUGUGAUAAGAUGCUAGAUUACACUCUCGAGAAGGUAGAUUCAACCAGACGAGAGUGGGUCAGAUUGGAUCACUGGGACAACAUUACAAUUAGUAAACAAGAAGCUAAAGCAUAUGCAAAAGAUAUCUCCACUUAUUGUGGAAGGUUACUUGAGGAAACUGAAGAUGAGCUGGCAGAAUUGAUAAAGAAAGGGUCUAUUCAAGCAGGAGAUGUAAGCAAGGUUCUCUGCCAAGAUUUAAGCAAGCACUGUGACGUAUCAAGUGGCACGCAGUUGGUGGAUGACAAUAACGAUGGAUCUGAUGGCGAACUCUGAGUCACUCAAACUUAUUUGUGGAUCGGUAUAAAAUGAGACUAAGCAAACCAAUUAUCUUGGGAAAAUAUCUAAGUUGGGCAUCCUUCCAAAAGUGGUUAGGUUAUCCUAUAAUGAAUUGCUUGUUCUAUAAGACUGAUCAAAUUUUGCUUCUAAUUGUCAUACGGGAGUCACGGGACCAUGCUUAAUUUACUUUAAACUUCAAUCACCAGCCAUAUUAAGUGUAGUCUUAUAAUGCAUACCAACAAUGUUUUCAUCAUUGCUCUAAAUCUUUUUUCUUUUUCUCUUUUUGGUAAUCGAGGGUGUCUGGUCAGUUUGUACGUACUUCGACUUA